AUAGACACCGACCUGAACGGACAGCCCACACGGCAGCGCCUACUACCACCGACCGACUGAACCGACUGUCGCAUACAGAGCGAAACGGAAGAGCGCAUAUUUUUUUUAUUAUUGUGUCGGUAUUCGUUCCUCAAACUCAUGGUUAAUGGUGAGAACAUUACUUGCUCCGAAAAAUAACAUAGUAGGACAUCGCCUCGUUCGGUCACAUUCCACCAGAAAAGACUCUCACCGAGUGGUGUCACAUAUAGGAAGGAAGCACGUCGCCUACUUUCAUGUCCGAAAAAAAGACAAAUAACCAUCGCAGGAAAUGCAUUUAAGGCGUUAGAAAGGAUUUUCCUGUGUUGUGAUGUUGAGUGCAAUUCAAAUUUAUUAACAUGAAUGGUGUGCAAUCGAAUGUGUAAAAGUUAUAGGAAAGAAAUAGUCAGCAGAGAAGUUUCCGGAGCGCAGCUGAAGACAAGUGCGUAAAUCAUGUCAAUAGAUUUGGUGAAAAAUCGAGAAUCCAUGGUGAAAGCCUGGACGACGGUAGUUGACACGAAGAGCUCCACCAACUGGGCCCUGUUUUCGUACGAGGGUCAGACCAAUGUGCUCAAACUGCAGGAAACCGGCGAGGAUGGAAUAUCCGAACUGGCAGCCGAGUUCAACUCGGGCAAAAUUCAAUACGGGUUCGUGCGGGUCGAUAACAAGGAGACUGGAAUUGCAAAGUUCGUGUUCAUCAAUUGGCAGGGUGAGGGAGCGCCUACUGCGCGCAAAGGAACCUGUGCCAAACAUGUAAGAGACGUGACAAAUUUGUUACACGGAGCGCACAUCACAAUUCACGCUACCAACGAAGAUGAUGUCGAGGAAGCGCUGGUGCUAGAAAAGCUGCAGAAAGUAAUCGUUAACGAUUUCAAGGUCAAAGAUUACUCACAGGCCAACGGCCAAUCACGCGUUCUGACUCUGACCAAAAUGUGGAACUCAGGCGAAUCUGAUGUUCAGAAACCGGUUGGCACCAACUACAGUCGAGUCAUUCCAACGAAGGAGAUCAACCCAGCCGAGCGCGAUGAGUUCUGGCGAAAGGAGGAAGAGGAGGAGAAGCAUCGUUUGCAGCUGGAGUACGAUCGAAAGCUGCAGGAAACGGUUAAGCUUGAAGAGGAGCGACGUCGUCGCGAGGAGCGUGAAUUUGAGAAACGAGAAGCGGCACUCGAAGCGCCGCAGAGUCCGGACAAAAACUAUGCUCGGCAAACCUCGGACAGCUCGAAGACAGAGCGGGACCGUGAGAUCAAACAGAUCGUAGAAGCCAGCGGUAAGGUCAGCUCGGCCAAGGCACGCUUCUUGAACAGCGCCCUGAGUCCAAUACACAUCCAGCAAACGGUAGCCCCGGAAUUGAUCAUGUCGCCAGAUUCAUCCAAUGAAGAAACCAGCUUGAUCAAUGAACUGAAGGCCGAAGUGGAAGCGGAACAGAAUGGCGGGCAAAAUGGGACCACGGCGGAACCGGUGGUUCAAGAGUUUUUCGAUCCGAAUGCGACUAUCGAUCUGUCGGACGAGGACAACAUGAUCAAGGCCAGAGCUUUGUAUGACUACCAGGCUGCAGAUGAAUCGGAGAUCAGCUUCGAUCCCGGUGAUAUCAUCACGCACAUCGAUCAGAUCGACGAAGGCUGGUGGCAAGGCCUGGCUCCCGAUGGAACGUACGGACUUUUCCCAGCCAACUAUGUUGAAUUGAUCUAAGGAAGGCACACGGAAUGGAUUUGAAUCAUUCGAAAAGUCAUCACAGUAACCAUGUCGUCGUGGUUCGUCAUUUCGUGUAAUUGUUUAGGAUUGCCAAGCCUGACUUCUGAGUUGUAUUUUUAUUCAUUAACCAUCAUAGUAUUGCAUUACUCGUAUUCGAUUAUUUCCCGCGGCAAUCGGAAGAUACCCAUUAACAUCACAUUAUAUAGGCAGCAAUGUUCGAAUUUGAUUCGUUCGUUCGUUCGUAACUUACAUAUUAAUGAUCGCAAUGUAGCAAGAGGAAAGACAAUUUAUCAUUAUCAUACAUGUUUUACACCCCGAUAGGAAUGAGAUCCUAGAUUUAACUGUUGUUAUUAGAUAAACUUUGAAAUUCUACUACACCCGCAAGGAUUAAUAAAGACCUUUUUCUCUUAUGCGACACGAGAAUUAGUAUCGAGCAAACAAA